AUGGAUAGAGACACGAAACUACUCUAUAGACAGAGGGGGUCCAACUUGAGAAAGACUGUCGAUGAGGAUAAUAUUUUGGUUAUUAGAACCCCUUUGAGAAUUGAUCUGUCCGAUACUGAGGACAAUUCUAGGACCUCUAGACACUCUUACGAUGGAGAAAAUGCGCCAGUGGAUAAUGAAUUCCAUGAUGACUUCGGAAAUCCGGAUGAGUUCCAUAAUGAGGAGCCAGAAAGUAGGAAACGAAGCGUAGCAGACAGUUUUGAUGGUCCAUACACACAGCAGAAAAGAGUCAAGAGGUCCUCAGAAUUCGAAGACAUGUAUAACGUCGAACUCACAAGAAACUAUGAUAUUGACGAGGAGGAUUACGACACGCAGAGUGACAUACACCAUGAGAAACAACACGAGGCCCUCGUACUACCGCAAUUUGAUUUUACUGGUCUCAAAGACAAACAAUUAAGAGUUACAAACAAUUUUAUACGAUCGAUAGAAUCCGUCGAUAGAGUAUUCCAAAACGUUAUAGAUAAAAAAUUAGUUCACAAAGCUAUAAGUGAUUUCAAACACAUAGCGGAUAAUAAUCAAAUUAAGAAAAUGAUGUAUAAAUUGGAUCUCAAAAUAUUUGAAACUUUUAAGAAAAAUCUUUCUGAUGACUUGAAUGAUAUAAAGGAUAUCAAUAUCGCAAACAAUAAAUUGCUUGCACAACUGGCAAAAUUACGUAAAAGAAGGAAAACUUUAACUUUAGAUCUUAUUGAACUAAAAUCACUAAUUAACGAGGUCACAUCAAGCGAUAAUUGGUUCAACUCAAAAUUGGAGCAAUCAAAAUUAAUGGAAAGAUUAACAUUAAAUGAAAAUUUGAACAAAUUAAAUAACGCAUUGGAAAAUGAUGAGAUAGACCAAGAAAAUGAGAAUAAAAUAAAUUUACAAAACACUACCAAUGCGAAACUUGACACUUUUAUUCAACUUACCAACCCAUACAAUGGUAUAUUGAAUAAACUUACCGAUGCGAACCAGAAAUUGAACUCUAUCAAAUAA